AUGGAGGAGUUGGCCCGGGAGAGCAUCAGCCUGCUGGCCCGCUCUGCGUCUCAUGCGGACCCGCCUCGGCUGGGAUCUUUCGGCGCAGUGUUCAUCAUGCUGAAGUCUGCGCUGGGAGCCGGACUGCUCAACUUCCCCUGGGCUUUCCAGAAGGCGGGGGGAGUGAAUACCGCCAUCAGUGUGGAGCUGGUUUCUCUGGUUUUCCUCAUCAGUGGUUUGGUGAUCCUCGGCUACGCCUCCUCGGUCAGCAGACAGAACACUUAUCAGGACGUGGUGAGAGAGGUGUGUGGACAAGCUGUGGGUCAACUGUGUGAAGUCUGUUUCUGCUUCAACCUCUUCAUGAUAUGUGUCGCCUUCCUGGUGGUGGUGCAGGACCAGCUGGAGAAACUGUGUAUUUCUUUGUACGAGACGGUGACCGGGUCAUCUGAGGCAGAGAUGCCCUAUCACUGGUACACCGACCAGCGAUUUGCCCUCUCUGUCAUGUGCAUCAUCAUCAUCCUGCCCCUGUCCAUCCCAAAAGAAAUUGGCAUCCAGAAAUACACGAGCGUGUUAGGAACACUGGCUGCUUCAUAUCUGUGUGUGGCAGUGAUUGUCAAGUAUUACCUGAUGGACAGCCACACUGUCAUAAUAACACCAGAGCACAGCCAAGGUGUCGGUUCGUGGGCUUCAAUGUUCAGUGUUGUGCCGACCAUCUGCUUUGGCUUCCAGUGCCAUGAAGCCUGCAUAGCCAUCUACAGCAGCAUGGAGAACAAGAAGCUCUCCCACUGGGUGAUCAUCUCUGUGCUCUCCAUGUUUUUCUGUUUACUCAUCUACACUCUGACCGGUGUGUACGGCUUCAUGACGUUCGGACGAGACGUUGCCUCUGACAUUUUGAUGUCAUAUCCAGGAAACGAUGUGGUCAUGAUCAUUUCCAGGCUGCUUUUUGGAAUAUCAAUUAUCACCAUCUAUCCUAUUAUUCUUCUUCUGGGGAGAUCUGUCAUCCUGAACUUGAUGCUGCGCUUUCAAAGGCGUCGCCGGGGAAUCAUCACUCACUCGUUUGAGAGUCGCUGCAGAGUCGUUCUCACUGUGAUCUGGAUAGCCGUCACUCUUCUCAUCGCCAUGUUUGUCCCUGACAUGGGUGAGGUCAUCAGUGUCAUCGGAGGAAUCAGCGCCUUCUUCAUCUUUAUUUUUCCAGGUCUUUGCUUGGUAUUCACAAUGCAAAGUGAAUCUGUGAGUCCAAGAGUCAGGGCUUUUUUUACAGUUUGGGGAGUCAUAACCAUCGUAGUCGGAGCCUUCAUUUUUGGACAGAGCACAACCAUCGCUAUCAUGGAGAUGGCCAACAAAUUCUGAACUCACCAUAAUCACGACUACCUGCAGCAGCUGCUUUACUGUGAACUCUGAGCGGUUUGUGACGCUCGCCUCUUUUGCACAACAGAAAGUUGCUUUUCUUUAAAGGUGGUUUUUAGUUGCAUUUUUCUUAUCAGGGUCAUCCAGGACCUGGAUAUAAAAUAUCUUUACUAUGUGAGAAUGUGAUGAUUUUCUUUGUUAGAUACGCAUGCAUAGUUAUAUAAUGUCAAAGAGAAUAAUGUCAGAAUGCAUUCUUAAGUGUGUGCAGAACAAAAUAUUUAUGUCUGAAUGUGUGAAUCUGUUUUAUUUGGUACGUCAACUACAUA